AUGCUGGAAGAUGAGGGACAGUGCAAAUUGCUUGGGCCUUUUGCGCUGAUUGUGCAAAGCUUGAUGGGACUAUUAUCGCUGUCUGCGUUGAUUUUCAAAAGAUACAAGGAGUACCCCAAUAGGAGGCCCUGGAAGGUGUGGUUUUUUGACGUGUCAAAACAGGUGUUUGGGGCCGCGGGGAUCCACACUCUCAACGUUUUGAUGAGCAUAGUGGGUGGCCAAUCAGAUGAUUGGGCUGUUGGUCGUUUUGAGCUCUCCAAGGAGGGGAAAACGUCACCAUACUAUUUCCACGCCAACGCAGACGCAGACAAUCCCUGCGAUUACUAUUUCCUGAACAUUCUGUUUGAUACAACGCUGGGAAUUCCGAUUCUGUGGGUCCUGCUAACGUGCAUAUACGGACUAGCUCGUCGUGCGGAAAUCAGUGGUAUCGAGAGCGGCGUAUAUGGAUCACCACCAAAGUACUCUUGGUACUGUAAACAGCUAGUGCUAUAUUUUGUCGGGCUCAUAUCCAUGAAAUUGCUGAUCUACAUUCUGCUAAUGGUAUGUCCACUACUGGUUACGUUUGCUGGUUGGUUGCUGAGUUGGUCGGAUCCGUUCCCCAGAUUACAGGUUGCAUUCGUGGUGUUGGUGUUUCCCCUGGUGAUGAACACUUUCCAGUAUUAUGUGGUGGAUAACAUAAUUCAGAGUCCGGAGUAUCACAUUCACAAGUCGACUGCAGAUGCAGAUGGCUUGCCAAAAUGA